CUUUAUUCCAAAGUAACCUGUUUCUUCGAACAAGGGCAUUCCUUUUUCCCAAUCCCUGAGAGACCCCAAAGCUUCGUCUUCCAUUGUUUUUCCCCAUUAAGCUUCUCUGUUUCUUUUAAUUGUAAUAUUUAGGGUAAGUUUCGAUUUUUGGCGGGGAAGUAUGUCUGGGAAAGGAGCCAAAGGUUUGAUAAUGGGCAAAAACUCGGCUUCUAACAAGGACAAAGACAAGAAAAAACCCAUCUCUCGUUCUUCUCGAGCUGGUCUCCAGUUUCCGGUGGGUCGUAUCCACCGUCUUCUAAAGUUAAGGACCACUGCACAUGGGCGAGUGGGAGCCACCGCCGCAGUUUAUUCCGCUGCUAUUCUCGAAUACUUGACUGCAGAGGUGUUGGAGUUGGCCGGUAAUGCAAGCAAGGAUCUCAAGGUGAAACGUAUUACUCCCCGGCAUUUGCAGCUCGCCAUCCGUGGUGACGAGGAACUCGAUACUCUGAUCAAGGGAACCAUUGCUGGUGGUGGUGUGAUCCCUCAUAUCCAUAAGUCGCUCAUCAACAAAACAUCCAAGGAGUAGACUAUAUAAGUGUGUAUAUAUAUAUUGCUUGUUGAGAUUUGCCUGGUCUCUGUUCUGAGCUUGCCUUAGUGAAUUUGAAAUUGUGGAUUCAUUAGGUUCAACUAUGACAGUUUAUAUCAAUGGAUUUGUUUUUUUGGGAUUA